GUCGGGGCGGGCGGGCGCCGCCGCCUUCCCGGCACCGCGCCCCUUGCCAGCAGCGCCCCGCGCCAGCCCCGCGCCGGGCAUCUCUCGAGCGCGGAGAACCGGAGGCCACACUGACGCCGCUGCACGCCAUGGCUGUCGCCUACCUGCUCGGCAAUGGCUCCGCGCCACUCCUCGCCGGCGCCCUGGAGGUCCCCUUCGCAUCCAACGCGUCCGCCACCGCCUGUCGCUCCGCCGCUCCGCUCUGCACGGCCACGCCGGCCGGCGCCUGGGGCAACGCCUCGGCGGCGGCAGCGGUCGGCUGGAACCGUUCCGAACCCUGCGGCGGUGCCAACGGGAGCGCGGGCGGUGGAGGGCCCUGCGCACCUACGGGCGGUGGCCCCUCCGUGGUCACGGCCAUCGCCAUCAUGGCCCUUUACUCCGUAGUGUGUGUAGUGGGGCUCUUCGGCAACUUCUUGGUCAUGUAUGUCAUCGUCAGGUACACGAAAAUGAAGACUGCCACCAAUAUCUACAUUUUCAAUCUUGCAUUGGCAGAUGCCCUAGCAACAAGUACUCUGCCAUUCCAGAGUGUGAAUUACUUGAUGGGAACGUGGCCAUUUGGUACCAUCCUUUGUAAGAUUGUUAUAUCCAUAGACUACUACAAUAUGUUCACCAGUAUCUUUACGCUCUGCACCAUGAGUGUGGAUCGCUAUGUAGCCGUGUGCCACCCAGUGAAAGCCCUUGAUUUCCGUACCCCUAGAAAUGCCAAAAUUGUCAAUGUUUGCAACUGGAUUCUUUCUUCUGCCAUUGGCCUGCCAGUUAUGUUCAUGGCAACUACUAAAUACAGGCACGGCUCUAUUGACUGCACGCUUACCUUCUCCCACCCUGCCUGGUACUGGGAGAACCUCCUGAAAAUCUGUGUGUUCAUCUUUGCUUUCAUCAUGCCAGUCCUGAUCAUCACUGUGUGCUAUGGGCUGAUGAUUUUACGCCUGAAGAGCGUUCGUAUGUUAUCUGGCUCCAAAGAGAAGGACAGGAACCUGCGGAGAAUCACGAGGAUGGUUCUUGUAGUGGUGGCAGUCUUUAUUGUCUGCUGGACUCCCAUCCACAUUUAUGUCAUCGUUAAAGCCCUGGUCAACAUCCCUGAAACUACUUUCCAGACUGUCUCCUGGCACUUCUGUAUUGCUCUAGGGUAUACAAACAGCUGUCUUAAUCCAGUCCUUUAUGCAUUUCUAGAUGAGAAUUUCAAAAGGUGUUUCAGAGAGUUCUGCAUCCCCACUUCCUCAACCAUUGAGCAGCAAAACUCCACUCGAGUCCGACAAAACACUCGUGACCAUGCUUCCACUGCCAACACUGUGGACAGGACUAACCACCAGUUGGAACUCCAGGAAGCUGAAACCACUCCACUGCCGUGACAGGGUCUCCUGCCGCAUAGCUCUCAAAGCAACUGCGCACCAGUGCCAGGGUGUGCCUGGGCAGUGUGCUAUGGGAAUAUGUAGGACACGUUUUCCUCCAAAAUGCAGCUCAGAGGAAAGUGCCUACUUUUCCAGUCUGAAAAAUUGCUUCUGCAGCACUCCUACGUUGCAUAUAACAGAAGCAUGAAACUUAUCAGCAAGCAGAGCCGAGAGAUACAGGCACUUACUAAGCUCCAGUGUUCAAAACAGCUGAUGUUCACUAGGAGUAUAUGCAUUAGUCUGAAACAAAGCUGCUGCUCUUGUAACGAUCUGAUGUGAUCUUGGCAAGUUACAGUGGUGGUAAAACAGGUUGGAACAAACACUGAAAGGCCAGACAGCUAUAGUUUGAAAAAUAGAGGUGAGCUUUUAAUGAGAGGAAAUGAUGGGAAAUGAAGUUGUAAUACUUUUGAGUACUCUGAAAAUUCAUUUGUAGAUGUUUUCUGUGCAGGCUGUUUUUGUGUUAGGUUUCACAAGAUCACCUAGAAUAACACAUUUGCAAUUCAAGAGGUCUUCUCUUACAAUGACUGUUUCACAGUUUCAAAGGGAAAAGUUAACAAAAAACCCUCCAAGCUUCACUUUCUGCUUUUGUUCCUGACAUUAAAAAUAGACUUUAAAAUCAGCACAAUGAGAUCACUUCUGCUAAAAGAGGUGAGUAUAUGAAAGUUUUAUGUGUAGUUACUGAUCACCAAGUGGCCCCCAAAACACUACAGACUCUAGUAAACAUGACUUCCCAUGUGAACAGAUACCUAGCUGUAAGCCUGGCAAAGCUAGCACAGACUGAUGAUGGCUUCUCUUUCAAUUAGUAUCUUACACUUCAGCUUCCCUGCCACCAACAUUUUGAAUUGGUAGGUCAUAGACAAUCCCUGUGCAAAGUGCUUGGAGCAGUUAAUGCAUUAGAUCAUUUUAAAAAAGAGAAAAAAAAACAAACAUAAACCCCAUUUUGCUAGACUUGUUUUUUAAAACCACUGGGAUUAAUAAAAACCUAAACCAUGUUUGUUUUUCUAACUAAUGUAAUGCUGUCUUCAUCUCCCUUUUUAUAUUAGCUGCUAAAGUACAUUAAGGUCUCUGAAAGAAACAUUGUACUGAAGUAAAUGCCAGCUUAGCUGUUUUCUAUCCAUGUAGGUAAUUUGUGGUGCAAUGGUAUUUUCUAGUCGUUAUUUGUUACUUGCUCUGUAAAUAAAUCACCAAUAGGUAACCAAGAGAAAAUGUACUUUGGUGAAUUUAAAUAUAUUCUAAAAUAGAACUGUAUGGAGUAGGAUUUUGUUUGUCUUUUUAUUUCUGCAGCCAAAAAACACUUUUAUUUUCAGUGUUAAAAAUCUAUGUAACAAUAUGCUGUUAAUGUGAAACUGUUUGUCUCUGCCAUGGACUGCAUAAUAAAGACUGAAGGCCAAAUA